UUCGUUGAGUUCACCCAUUCACUGUCCUUUUCGGACUUGACCAUUCCAACCGAAAAGCUGGAUCUCCCGUCGAUCUCCCAAGUGCAAACCCGGGGACCCUCCGACAUACCAUACUACAACCAUCACGCCGCGCAGAGACCGUCAUAUGUGAAUGAUAGGUUGCCUUCACUGUCUUUGCCCCAGCCGCAACAGGCAUACUCGUCCGGUACCUCGUCACCCCGGGUUGGUUCCCUCAGUUCACUUGGAUCAUCGUCAAUUUUGAACGGGAGCUCUCACUCCUCGUAUACGACUGCAUCGUCGAACGGGCCCAAAACUCCGUCUCCAACCCUUCCUACUAGCAGCGGACUCCCACCCUCCUUAUCGCAAACCACCUACAGCAACAGCUCCCCUUCUGGUCCAGCAUACUCCUACAACCAAGACCCAUAUCCCAAUAUGAAUCACGGUCAGCAGGAGAUGUACUAUCCUUCGCAUAUUUCAACCGGACAGCCCCCACCACCACAAACGGUCACGUCUAGUGGGAUGGGACAUUAUCCCCAGCACCAGCAACCGCCAUUACUCCAGCCUGGCCCAGCUCAGUAUUCACCAGCACCUGGUCCUUACAAUCAAUACGGAUACUCAAAUGGAUUGACCUCUCCUCAAUCCGCUGGUCAUUCGGUGCCGGGGUCAAUGGGUCAAGGAAAUGUUUUACCUCUACCAGCCAUGUCAGCAGGUCAACCAGGCAUGCCAGGUCCAGGCUAUGCGGCGCAACAAGGCUUUGACACCACAGGCCAAAUAGCACCUCCAGGCAUGAAACCACGAGUUACUGCGACAUUAUGGGAGGAUGAAGGAAGCCUGUGUUUUCAAGUUGAGGCUAAAGGAGUUUGUGUUGCGAGGCGAGAGGACAAUCACAUGAUCAAUGGCACAAAGCUCUUGAAUGUUGCCGGGAUGACUCGAGGCAGAAGAGAUGGUAUUCUCAAGAGUGAAAAGAUGAGACAUGUUGUCAAAAUCGGGCCGAUGCACUUGAAGGGUGUUUGGAUUCCAUUCGAACGUGCACUCGACUUUGCGAAUAAGGAGAAAAUCACGGAAUUGCUAUAUCCAUUAUUUGUUCAUAACAUUGGUGCGCUCUUGUACCAUCCAACCAACCAGACGCGAACAAAUGCUGUGAUGGCCGCUGCAGAGCGUCGAAAACAGGAGCAAAACCAGAUGCGCAAUACGCAGGCGCCUGGUUUACCCUCGUUACAUCAACACCAUCAUCAUUCUAUGAACAACUCGAUUGGUAGUCAUCUACCCGGCCCUCAACAUUCCCUUGCCCCUCAUCCCAGCACUGUUGGUCGUCCUAGUAUUGAUCGAGCGCAUACCUUUCCUACGCCCCCGACGAGCGCGUCCAGUGUAAUGGGCAAUAUGGGGAGCUCGGAUGGCAGUUUUCAAUGGGGUUCGCAAGGGGGCAUGGGUGGUGCUCAAGGUACAAAUCCCCUGUCUAUUGACACGGGUUUAAGCAACGCACGCUCAAUGCCUUCCACUCCAGCAACGACUCCUCCGGGAACAUCAAUUCAAAGCAUGCAACAGUACCAGCAAGGCUCACAACCGUAUGAUGCUUCACGCCAAAUGUAUUCUGCCCCACCUGCACAACAGAACGUGUAUCCUCAACCGACGACCGGCCAGCAGGAGAUGCCACGAUACCCUCAACCAAACUCGUACAACAUCAAGAACGAAAUGGGACCCCCACUAGCGAGAGCACCUGGGUCAGAAGCGGAGCACCAUGAUACCAAAGGCGCAAAUGGGCUGCUCCACCACCCUCAGGGACAUGGUCAGGGCGAAGAGGAAGCUGACCAUGAGCAUGAUGCAGAGUACACUCAUGAUAAUUCCUCGGGUUAUGAUGCAAGCCGCGGGCCAUACAAUUAUACCAAUGGUCCAGCCGUCGGAUCAAUGCCUGGGGAGCAAUCCCAUCUAUCCCCCGAGAUGACUGGAUCUCCCAAUCACCCAGCAUCUGGUCGCGCUACUCCGCGAACAGCCACAGCACCUCAGCCAUACUACGCCCAACAGCAAGGUGGCUACAGCACACCGCCGCGGGUUCCACAACCACCAUCUAGUAAUCUGUAUAAUGUAAUUAGCAGUGAGCGUGGAACGGCAAACGGAAACACCACCGCUGAUGUGUAUGGAUCUCAGCCAGAUCUGGGCAACUCGAUACCGAAUGGCUAUGCGACUCAGCAGACCGUCAUGAACGGUGCUCCUGCGAGCAACAAGCGCGGACGAGAUGACGAUGAUGAUGCGCGACCUUCGAGUAGAGGACCGGCCGGUGACUUGGAUUUGAAAAGACGCAAGACGGUCCGCGAAGGUUCCGUGUCAGGACCAACUUACGACCCUUCUCUUAAUCGAAACCGAGCCGCGAUCACACAGCGGCGUCGAUAA